CCAGACUCUCCGCACUGGAAAUGAUUGAGAUUAGUGGCCUCUCCAACAUCCUACCUAUCGACCAAGCAUUGCCAUUCUUCAUUCUGAUCACCUAACUUCCGGACUCGUUGUUCCUUGUUGUUUAUAGUGUGAUACCUACAUUUGUCUUUUAAGAGAUUUUCAGCCAUGGUCCUUCAAGAUCUCGGGCGGCGUAUCAACGCCGCCGUCAAUGACCUAACUAGGUCCAACAAUCUAGACGAGAAGGCCUUUGAUGAAAUGUUAAAAGAGAUCUGCGCCGCGCUAUUAUCGGCCGACGUAAACGUCCGUCUCGUCCAGUCACUUCGGAAAUCUAUUAAGUCCAGCGUGAACUUCGCCUCCUUACCCCCCGCCGUCAAUAAGAAGAGGUUGAUUCAGAAAGCGGUCUUCGACGAAUUAGUUGCUCUGGUCAAUCCACAUGCAGAGCCGUUCCGACCCAAGAAGGGCCGGUCUAAUGUGAUUAUGUUCGUUGGUUUACAGGGUGCCGGUAAGACGACAACGUGUACGAAGCUGGCUAGACAUUAUCAGAUGCGGGGCUUCAAAACAGCACUUGUCUGUGCGGAUACCUUCCGUGCCGGUGCGUUCGAUCAGCUGAAACAGAAUGCGACCAAGGCCAAGAUCCCUUACUAUGGAAGUUUAACGCAGACCGACCCUGCAGUGGUGGCGGCUGAGGGUGUGGCUAAGUUCAAGAAGGAGCGGUUUGAGAUCAUCAUCGUGGAUACUAGCGGUCGUCACAAGCAGGAGGAGGAACUUUUCACGGAAAUGACGCAGAUUCAGACUGCUGUCACCCCGGACCAGACUAUCUUGGUCCUCGACAGUACGAUCGGUCAGGCGGCCGAAGCCCAGUCGGCGGCCUUCAAGGCAACGGCUGAUUUUGGUGCCAUCAUUAUUACGAAGACGGACGGUCAUGCUGCUGGAGGUGGUGCUAUUUCCGCUGUAGCAGCUACACAUACUCCCAUUAUCUUCCUCGGUACAGGUGAACAUAUGGUGGACCUUGAACGAUUCGAGCCGAAAGCUUUCAUCCAGAAGCUACUGGGCAUGGGUGAUAUGGCAGGAUUGGUCGAGCACGUCCAAGCCGUGACCAAGGACUCAGCAGCAGCCAAGGAGACCUACAAGCACAUCUCGGAAGGUAUCUAUACGGUGCGCGAUUUCCGAGAGAACAUUUCCUCGAUCAUGAAAAUGGGUCCCCUGUCAAAACUUUCUGGCAUGAUCCCUGGCUUGUCCAAUCUCACUGCUGGGCUAGAUGACGAAGAUGGCUCUCUUAAACUCCGCCGCAUGAUCUACAUUUUUGACAGCAUGACUACGGCGGAGCUUGACAGCGAUGGCAAGGUUUUCGUGGAGCAGCCCAGCCGUAUGGUCCGCAUCGCUUGUGGUAGCGGCACGACCGUGCGCGAGGUCGAAGACCUUCUGUCGCAGCACCGCAUGAUGGCCGGUAUGGCCAAGCGCGUCGGUGGGCAGAAGAAGCAGAUGCAACGAGCCCAGAAUAUGCUUAAGGGUGGCAACAAAGAACAACAGCUCGCGGCGAUGCAGAAACGCAUGGCCUCCAUGGGUGGCGCAGGUGGCGCAGGUUUCCCUGGAAUGCCCGGUAUGGGCGACAUGGCCAAGAUGAUGCAAAUGCUCCAGGGACAAGGCGGCGGCGGUGGCGGCGGCCUGCCAGGCCUUGGAGGUAUGGAUCUACAGGGAAUGAUGAGCCAAAUGAGCGGAUUGAUGGGCGGAGGACGCGGUAGAGGACGGUGACUUUUCUUUUCAUGUCAUUUUUCUUUUCUCUCCUGUAUCUGUUUGUUACGUGGUGACACCGCUUAAUGGGUCAUGAUUGAUCGAUUAUACAGCAUGUGGAUGGUGUUGGGCGCGUAUUGUUUUCAUUGCCAUGGUAUAAUUUUAACUUCUUCAACGAACGAUACACAUAUGACGUUUUAUACGUCGAAAGGUUGCAAUAUUGACGGAUAUCUUACCAUAUUGUACAUUAACAUGUUUGCCGUAUGAAUGGAUACAUUAUCGCCAGGGAAAAUUCGACAAUAAUAUGAUUUUAUCUAUACCACUUGUCCGUAUU